GAAAACACAAUUAGGAACACCGUGAUAUAAACAACAAAUUUUUUUAGAAAAUCACAAAAAAUAUAAGAAAUUGCAUCGUAUUUUAAAUUUCUGCGGUUUUUGCUGAUUGAUCUUGUUUUCUAAAUAAUCUACUUUAAAUGACCACCGUAAAUGAUCCGGAGCUUCAUGCAAAAGUGAAGAAAACGACUGAAAAAAUCUCCGAGAAUAUGCACAUCAUAGCGAACGAGCCCAGUUUGGCCUUCUACCGAAUACAGGAGCACGUUCGGAAGGUCAUUCCGUUAAUUGUGGACCGCAGGGGCGAGGUUUACCAGCUGCAAAAGGACUUGCAAGGGAAAUGUUACGACAUGGAAUAUGCGAUACAGGCAGUGAAGGACAUUGAAGCAGCGGAUGAAUCGCUGAAAAACAUCCAGGAAGCUCUAAAAAAUGCAAUUUUCCUCAAACAGCAGCUGAAAUACGUGGAAUCACGACGACCCAAGAAGGAUUCCAAUAGUUCCGUGUACAAACGACUGUCGGCGCAUAUCACGUUGGAUUUGCCAGACCUGCCGGACAUCUCCGGAGUUAUGCGGGAAACUUCGAAUAGAAUGGAGCACAUGAUGUCUCAGGCGCGAAGUUCCUCGACUGGCAACGGGACGGGACCAACGGAGUUGCAAAGGUCCUACACGACACUACAUUGAAAGAGCGUUUUAAUAGUUUGUUGUUUAUUUCUGUGAUUGCUUAGUUUUUUUUUCAGCGAAUAUUUAAAUUUAAUUAACAUGACAUGAUAAUAAAAGAAUAAAAUUAUAAAAUGAUCUCUGCAGAAA